CCAGAUUCCCGCGCCUGCCCACACGCAAGCCGAAUCAAUGUUGUCUCGACACUUUGGAAGGGAAACUGUGAAUUAUUUCUCCAGCUCCCCGUUGAACCGGUUGUCCUUCUUGCGCACGGAACAUUCGUUUCUCUCGGCUGCAUUGAAACACCCUUCUACUCGUUUUGUUCUCUUGAAUAGCCUUGCGCCGUUGACCAAGACACCCUCUGAGCUAUACCUUGCCCCGUAUACGGAUGUGCACAAAUUGGUGCCCGAGGAUCUCUAUGAUCAAUCCGAGGAGGAAACGAUCAAGAACUUCGACUCCCGCAAGACGAAUCCGCAUGUCAUUUUCCUGGGAAUGGACGAGGCCCGGAAGGCUGACAGUCUGACCUGGAAGAUUUACUCGGGGACACCGUAUUUUGCCGUGGAUGUGACCCCCAAGGGGUCGGAAGAGCAGCAGACCCACGCAAAGGAUGUCAUCAGCGCCUUGGAAGCAAAAGGAUUGAGUUUCCUUCAAACUAGGGUGGUCAUGACUCUCUCUGCCGAUGAAGCUGCCAUUUACGCACAAGCCCGCGCGCUCGCUGACUGGAACACCCGGAACAGUUUCUGUGGUACCUGCGGCAGCCCUACCCUCUCCGUAAACUCCGGAACCAAACGUGCUUGCCCACCAACGGACGCUGCUCUUACAGCCCAAGGAAAGUCGCCGGAGAAGCCAGUCUGCAACACACGUACUACUAUAUCAAAUCUAUCCUUCCCGCGUACUGACCCAACCAUCAUCGUCGCUGUCCUUUCCUCUGACGGUAAACGGGUCCUGCUUGGCCGCUCCAAGCGUUUCCCACCGAACUGGUACUCGACGUUGGCCGGUUUCAUCGAGCCUGCAGAGUCGAUCGAGGAUGCCGUUCGGAGAGAGGUGUGGGAGGAGGCGGGUGUACAGCUCUCGCGCGUUGUCAUCCACUCGUCACAGCCGUGGCCCUACCCGGCUAAUUUGAUGAUCGGGGCAGUGGCGCAAUGUAGCGACCCAGCUCACGAAAUAAUUUGCUUGGAGCACGACCCAGAGCUUGAAGAUGCACGGUGGUUCGAGGUUGAGGAAGUCGAGGAGGCCCUGAGAGUAGGAACGAGUCCUUUGGGUGCGGAGGCUGGUCCUGAAUAUAAGGAAGGUGGCUUACGACUGCCACCUCCGACGGCCAUCGCCAACCAAUUGAUUAGAACAGCCGUUAGGGCUGACUAUUUUGUGCCAAACAACGCUAGAAUUUAGAUAGUGUACAGACAGUGAAUAGACCUUGUUGCGCUGCAUGGAUUUGUAUUCCUGAAGGAAAUCAGGGAAGCUGUUUUGAAAUAGCGUCAUCAAGGUCCUCUAACGGAUUAACCUCAAAAAUACCUUGUUAGCAAAGUUAUUCCCAAAAGGAAUUCAGAAUUGUUGAAAGC